UCUGUCCACCGCGUCAGUGCUGGUUGGAGAGAGGAAGGGGCGCGGAGCUCGCCAAGCAGAGGGCUCCCACAGGCAAGCAGAGCCGGCUGCCAUGGCGCUGGUGGAGUGUGUGAUCUGGGGCUCCAGACGAGAUGUCCACCUCCUCUUGCUGUUGUUGUUGCUGCUGCCGCCCUGGGUUCCGGCUGGGCUGGUUCCUUCAGAGAUCCCAAGUGCCUGUGCCUCAGACCCAUGUACUCCAGGGACCAAGUGCCAGGCUACAGAAAAUGGUGGCUAUACCUGUGAGCCUGUAGAGCUUGGAGGCUGUGCUACUCAGCCCUGCCACCAUGGAGCACUGUGUGUGCCCCAUGGCCCAGAUCCUAACAGCUUCCGCUGCUACUGUGUGCCUGGCUUCCAGGGUCCCUACUGUGAACUGGACAUCGAUGAGUGUGCAUCCCGGCCCUGCCACCACGGGGCCACCUGCCACAACCUGGCAGAUCACUAUGAGUGCCACUGCCCCCUGGGCUAUGCAGGCGUGACCUGUGAGGCGGAGGUGGACGAGUGCUCAUCAGCGCCCUGCCUGCACGGAGGCUCGUGCCUGGAUGGCAUGGGCUCCUACCGCUGCGUGUGCGCGCCGGGUUACGCAGGCUCUAGCUGCGAGCUGGACGUGGACGAGUGCCAGAGCCAGCCAUGUGCGCACGGGGGCGUGUGCCACGACCUGGUCAAUGGUUUCCGGUGCGACUGUGGAGACACGGGCUACGAAGGAGAGCGCUGCGAGCAGGAGGUGCUGGAGUGCUUCUCUGCGCCCUGCGCACACAACGCGUCCUGCUUAGAUGGCCUCCGGAGCUUCCGCUGCCUCUGCUGGCCAGGCUUCAGCGGAGAGCUGUGCGAAGUGGAUGAGGAUGAGUGCGCUUCGAAUCCUUGUCAUAACGGGGGACGGUGCUUGCAGCGCUCGGACCCAGCCUUGUAUGGGGGUGUCCAGGCCACCUUCCCAGGAGCCUUCAGCUUCAGUGACGCCGCUGGCUUCCUUUGCAUCUGUCCUUUGGGCUUUGCCGGGGAUGAUUGCAGCGUGGAUGUGGAUGAAUGCGCCGCAGGACCAUGUCUCAAUGGUGGCAGCUGCCAGGACCUGCCCAACGGUUUCCAGUGCCACUGCCUGGAUGGAUACACAGGACUGAUGUGUCAGGAAGAUGUGGAUGAAUGCCAGUCGGAACCAUGCCUGCAUGGUGGAACCUGCAGCGACAUUGUAGCAGGCUAUAUCUGCCAGUGCCCUGAGGCCUGGGGCGGACAUGACUGUUCUAUACAGCUCACAGGCUGCCAGGGCCACACUUGCCCACCUCUUGCUACCUGCAUCCCCACCUUCAAGUCUGGGCUCCACAGUUACGUCUGCCACUGCCCACCUGGGACCUAUGGGCCUUUCUGUGGCCUGAAUACCACCUUCUCGAUCAUAUCUGGGAGUUCUGUGUGGGCGUUAGUGCCAGCCAGUGACUCUCUGAGUCUGGUACUGAGGUUUCGAACUACGCUGCUUGCUGGGGCCCUGGCCACUCUCAAAGACACUCAGGACAUCUUGGAGCUGGUACUGGUGAGGGCCACACUCCAAGUCACACUCUGGAGACACGGUAUUGCUCUGCUUGUCCUUACACUGCCAGACCUAGCCUUAAAUGACGGCCAUUGGCACCAGGUGGAGGUGGCACUCCGCCUGGGAGCCCUGGAGCUGCGGCUCUGGCAUGAGGGCUGCCUUGGCCAGUUCUGUGUGACCUCUGGUCCUGUAGCUACAGGUCCCACAACCAUAUUGGCCUCUGGGCCUCCUGGGCCCUACUCCAUCCAUCUGGGUGGCUGGUCCUUUGCAGGCUGCUUCCAGGAUGUACGUGUGGAAGGGCACCUUCUGCUGCCCGAGGAGCUCAACGGAAAUGUGCUCCUAGGUUGCAAGCGCAGGGAACUAUGCCAGUCUCUGCCCUGCGCCAAUGGAGGGACCUGUGUGGACUUGUGGACUCACUUUCGCUGCGACUGCCCAAGACCUUACCAUGGGCCCACAUGCACUGAUGAGGUUCCUGCUGCCACCUUUGGCUUGGGCGGCACCAUGAGUUCAGUCUCCUUCCUGCUCCACGAGCCGCAAGGCCCAAACCUCACUGUGUCAUUUUUCCUCCGCACCCGAGAGCCUGCUGGUCUGCUUCUCCAGUUUGUCAAUGAUUCAGCGGCUAGCCUAACUGUGUCCCUGAGUGAGGGCCAGAUCCGAACUGAGGUGCUGGGCCAGCCUGCUGUGAUCCUCUCUGGGCGCUGGGAUGAUGGACUCCGCCACUUGGUGAUGCUCCGUUUUGGUCCUGACCAGUUACAGGACCUGGGCAAACAGCUGUAUGUGGGUGGAAGGCCCUCCCCUGAUGACACCCAGCCCUGGGGUGGGCCCUUCCGAGGCUGUAUCCAGGACAUGCAACUCAAUGGCUUCCACCUCCCGUUCUUCUCUUUGCCGAUGGAGAACUUAAGUUGGCCCAGGGAACUGGAUGUUGGUCAGGCCUCUAACCUCACCCAGGGCUGUGUCUCCGAAGACAUGUGCAACCCCAAUCCCUGUUUCAAUGGUGGAACCUGCCUCGUCACCUGGAAUGACUUCUCCUGUACCUGCUCUGACAACUUCACAGGGCCCACCUGUGCCCAGCAGCUGUGGUGCCCCAGCCAGCCUUGCUUCCCACCUGCCACCUGUGAGGAGGUUCCAGAUGGCUUUGUAUGUGUGGCUGAGACUACAUUCCGCGAGGGCCCUCCUGCUGUGUUCAGCAGCCACAACGUGUCCUGGGCGCCAGCUCCAAGUGUACUCACCCUGGCCUUUCGCACUCGCGACCCCGAGGCUGUGCUGCUGCAUGUUACCAUGGGGGUCCACUCCGGUAUCUGGCUGGCGGUGCGCAAUGGCUCGCUGGCAGCGGAUGUGGUGGGCUCAGUGUUGCCUGCGCCCGGGCCGCGCGUGGCCGACGGCGCCUGGCACCGCGUGCGUCUGGCCCGGGAGCUCCCACUAGCCACCGCCUCGCGCUGGCUGCUGUGGCUGGACGGUGUGGCGACGCCCCUGGCAUUGCAGGGUCCGGGGGGCGACCUGGGCUUUCUGCAGGGCCCGGACGCCGUGCACGUGCUGCUGGCUGAAAACUUCACAGGCUGCCUUGGCCGCGUGGCUCUUGGCGGCCUUCCCUUACCCUUGGCGCCGCCACGGUCCGGCGUGAUCCCCGGAGCCCGCGAGCACUUCGUGGCCUGGCCCGGGUCGCCGACCUUGCGCCUCGGCUGCCGCGGUGCGUCCGUGUGCACGCCCUCGCCCUGCCUGCACGGCGGUGUCUGCCACGACCUCUUCGAUGUUUUUACCUGUGCCUGCGGCCAGGCCUGGGAGGGACCCCACUGCGAGGCCCGCGCCAACCCGUGUCGCUCCUCGCCCUGUGUCCGGGGCCAAUGCCACGCGCGCCCCGACGGCCGCUUCGAGUGCCGCUGCCCUCCGGGCUUCGAGGGCCCGCGCUGCAGGAUGCCUGUUCUGCCUCACCCAUGUAGCCUCAACUCCACCUGCAAGGAGGGCACCCCUUGUGAGAGCGGUCCCCUAGGCACCAACUGCAGUUGCCAGGAAGGUCUUGUUGACCUGAGGUGUCAGAGUCCUGACCUACCUUGUGAAGCCAACCCUUGCUUGAAUGGGGGAACCUGCCGGGCAGCCAGUGGCAUAUUUGAGUGUACUUGCAAUGCAGGAUUCUCUGGCCAGUUCUGUGAGGUGGUGAAAAGCCUGCCUCUGCCCCUGCCAUUCCCGCUGCUGGAGGUAGCAGUGCCUGCAGCCUGUGCCUGCCUCCUCCUCCUCCUCCUGGGCCUCCUUUCAGGGAUCCUGGCUGCCAGAAAGCGCCGCCAGUCUGAGGGCACUUACAGCCCAAGUCAGCAGGAGGUGGCAGGAGCCCGUCUGGAGAUGGACAGUGUCUUCAAGGUGCCACCAGAGGAAAGACUUAUCUAGGCUGGCCUGGCUGCUGGUCUUACAGGAUCACUGCAGAAUCUCUACUUGGAGCCCAAGGAGACUAUUUCCAGAGCCAGGACAUCCACAGGACGUGCCCCCACGGUUGGCAACCCUUCCCCUGCUCAUCGUGGAUCAGAAGAUGGGGAACAGCUCAGGGAAGCAGAGGAGGGUAUGGGAGUAUGAAUGUCUCUGACCUGCUGGGCUGUACAUAGGAGAGUAUGACAGGGCUGUCCUGAGGAUCCGAGGCACAAACAGGCAGAAAGUCCAGAAGGUGUUAAACUCCAUCUGACGGAAAGUGUUUCACCUGCCUACAGUCGAGGGGGCUUCCUGGGACACUGGCAAGGAGGCCAGACGGCAGAAGAAUGGACGUGCUGUUCUCUGUCCCUGGCCCUUGCAGUUCUGCAGCUCCAUCCUCUGUGUAUGGCUGUGGAAAGCAUGCCAACAAAGGCCUCGGUUGUGUGCCCAGUGCUCGGCAGAUGGACAUCAGCAGCUACUGCACUGACCUUAGGCUGUGCAAUUACAUCUCAUGGAUACACACUCCAGUGCACUUGACCUCUGACCUCACCCCCCAAGGGCUGCAGGUCUAGUCUCCUUUGAACUUCCCAGAGCCCUCUGACUUAGAGAUGUGUCCAUUGUCAUCCAUGCUUAUAGGCCAGUGCCUCCUGAUGGGUUCCAUGUGACUUUUACACAGGAAGCUGUGUGUCUCAAGGUUGCAGUCACCUCCAGAAGGCACAGACUUGGGAGCACUGGGGGCUUAGUGUUUUGAGACCCUGGAUGCUUAGAGGCCUGCUUGGUCCUUACCCUGUAGACCAACUUGCCCCUAGCUGUCUCUGUCCCUUGAGAAAGGGGAGAGGAAAUGGGUUCCUGGGCGAACUGUUCAGUUGCCAGCUCCCAAGAUGUUUCCUAUGGAUCGCCAACAAGGGAACAUUCACUUCACUUCAAUGUCGCCAGUGUAGGCUACACAAGGACCCCUUGGGGGCUAGAGGCAGCUCUUGCUGAGAUCUAGGGGAGGGGUGAAACUUAUUCCUUCCCAUCAUCCUGCCCACCUGCCUAUGCGCAGUUCACUCCCUGAGAGGGAAGAGGCAAGUGGCUUGGAGCCUCAAGUGGGCAUGGGCUAGGAAAGAUGCCCAAGUGUCUGCUAACACUUCCUUUCCUUGAAGGACUCAGGACCACAGCCUUCCCAAGAUUUUCUUGAAGGCACAGUUCAUCACUAGGUUCGCAAAUGCUACCCAGUGAACAGAUUAAAUGAGUAUGUGUACCAGCCCUCAGCGGACCAUAGGUGUGUGCUGCGGCUGCCUGACACCUUGUCAUCCCGCUGACCCACUGGGUUAGGACACUGCCUCAUCUUGGGCGGGACCUGGAAUUUGUUGAGAUGGAAGUGUUACUGAGACCUGUUUAGGAACACAAAUGCCAGGAGGGUCCCCAUGACCCAGGAGAGACUCAGUUCCCUAGCAGCUGAGGACCCCCACCCCAGACAGAGCCCUGGGGACCCCCAAUGACCCCACCUCCUUGUUCCCAUGAGAAACCCUGGGGUGGGUAGGCUGAUUACUCACACACAGGAAAUGAGAAGUCAGGUCAAAUGGAUACAAUUUCCUGUAUGUCCCUGAUGUCUUCUUAAAUGGUCAGGCUGUGUUUUACCUUGAUUUAUUGAAAGGAAUCAAUUUUCAAGAUUCAUCAAAAUCAAUAAGGUACGAAGGAAAAGCAAGAUCAAAGAAACAAUAACAAAACA